UUCGGAUCCGGGUCAUAGGAACUUGGAAAGAGGUUUAAAGCCAUGACCAUGACUAGAUAGGGUUUUGUUUCCUUUUUUUCUCUCACAGCCAUGGCAGAAGAAGCCGCGCCAACCGAAACCCCCGAAACCCUCACAACGACAGACCUCCAAACCCCUCCCACCCAAGACAUGGACCUCGAACCUCCAACCACCGCCGCCGUAGCCGAGCAAACCCCCGCCAGCGGCGGCGAGGAGAACCCGAAGCGCGAGAGAGAUGACGGCGGCGAGGAGGAGACCGGCGGCGGAAAGAAACCGAAGGUCGAUGAUGAUAAGUCGGCGGAAGAAGAGCGGAUGGAGGAAAUGGGAGAGGAGAAGGAGAAGGAGAAGCAGGAGGAGGAGGAGGAGGGUAGGGUUGUUGGGCUUGGGCCGAAGAGUUUCGGGUCGGGUGUGGACAUGUUUGGUUACUUUUUCAAGCUGCUUCAUUACUGGCCCCCCAAUCUCAAUGUCAACAAGUAUGAGCACACAGUGUUGCUAGAAUUGCUCAAAAAGGGUCAUCUGGAGCCGGAGAAAAAGAUUGGCGAAGGGAUCUUUGCUUUCCAAGUCCGUUACCAUCCACAGUGGAAAAGCCGCUGCUUCUUCCUCGUAAGGAAUGAUGAAACUGUUGAUGAUUUCAGCUUCAGGAAGUGCGUGGAUCACAUUCUUCCCUUGCCAGAAAACAUGCAAAUUAAAUCUGAUGUCAACAAGGCAUUGGGAGGUGGCGGUAGAGGCCACGGAGGAAGGGGUGGUGGAGGAAGAGGAGGUGGGCAUGGCCGUGGCCGAGGAGGCCGUGGAAGGGGGGGCAGGUCAAGAAACUGAGGUGUUGUCCCUGUUCUAGCUGCGAUGGACUUGGAUUUUUGAGUUUUAUCUGAUGUCUGGAAGAAUGAACAAUACCUUGUGUAAUUGUUCUACUUUAUCUAUCCAAACUUCUUCUUUAUCCAA